AUGGCGUCCUGGUUCCUCGGCCUGUGGAGUAUUCUCUCCGCAGUCUUCGGUAUGAUGCUUGAUGUUGCCCAGUUCUGGAAACAGAAAUUGUUCUCAUGGUGGAAAUCAAAGUCCCCCAAAACUCGGCUGUUCUACACUCUGGCCACGGCGCAGAGCUAUGAGCAAUGGGAAGAAGCUGCGUUUGAGCUGGAUGAACUUUUGAGCAAGGACUUAUGGCGCCAGAAUCCAGUCAGUCGACACUAUGACUACAGACUCAUCCUCGGGCGGUUGGAAGCACUAAUGAGUGCCCGCGAAGGCGAGGACAUCCUCACACUGGCCAAUCUACUUCGCUCCGGGCUCUUGCGCAAUCUGGGCAAUAUCACAUCCACAAAGUUAUUCACGCAUGCCUAUGCCGGAACGAAACUCCUGAUUGAUGACUAUAUCACGCAAGUCGCGCUGUCAAUCCAGUACGUGGCCUCGCUGCAACCGGCGCCCAUGCAGACGAGCGGGUUCACGUCGCAGGCAAAAUUGGAGCUGCUGCACGAUACUCGCCAGGCGUUUGGACGCACGACUCUACUGUUGCAGGGCGGGUCGGCUUUUGGGCUGUGCCAUCUCGGCGUUGUCAAGGCAUUGCACUUACAGGGUCUUCUACCGCGGAUUAUCACUGGUACCGCGACGGGGGCAAUGAUUGCAGCAAUGGUGGGUAUUCAUCCCGAAAGUGAACUGCUUGCGUUGUUGGAAGGCGAGACGAUUGAUUUAUCGGCUUUUGAUCAACGGCGGAAAGAACAUGCGGAGGAGAGUUGGGUGUGGACUUUUGUCCGGCGGAUGAAGCGAUUGCUUCGGAAGGGACAUUUGUAUGAUAUGGAGCUGUUGGAGGAAUGUGUUCGGGCUAAUGUGGGUGACUUGACCUUUGAAGAGGCGUAUGCUCGGUCCAAGCGGAUUUUGAAUAUUACGAUUGCCACGGCUGGUAAGACUGGGACGCCGAAUCUGCUUAAUUAUCUGACUGCACCGAAUGUGCUGAUCUGGUCCGCCGCGGCGGCUUCCAAUGCCUCGUCCGCCACUACACUCUCUUCACCAGUCACGAUUUACUGCAAAGAUGAAACGGGCUCAAUCGUCCCCUGGCCACACACAAAGGAAGCAGUCUUCCAACCAUGGAGACACGUCACAUACGGCGACGGCGAGUCCCCGCUCUCCCGAAUCGCGGAACUCUUCAACGUCAACCACUUCAUCGUCUCCCAAGCCCGUCCCUACCUAAUCCCAUUCCUACGCUCCGAACUUAACCUCCUCGACCGCCACCAAACAGGCUGGAGCAAUAUAUCCCGUUCUAUGAUGCGACUCGCCUUAGUUGAACUACGCCACCGACUCCGCCAACUUGAUUACAUCGGUUUCCUCCCUGCCUCGGCGAGCCGGCUUCUAAUCGACGAAACUAUCCCGGGCCCUAACCUGGCUCUCGUCCCGGAUCUAUCUAUCAACGACUUAGCCAAGCUCUUCCAACAACCUACCCGCGCACGGGUAGCAGAGUGGACACUGAAAGGUGAACGAGGCGUCUGGCCCGCGAUCAGUGCCCUAAAAGUCCGCGAGGCAAUUGAGAUCGAAUUGGAUCGGGGAUACCAGCUCGUUCGUCGCCGGCGACCGAGCGAUGCAGCUCUCCCCACGCCUCGACAUUUCCCUAAAGAGGCAGCUGCCCGUCAACGACGCGGGUGCAGUGAGAAUGAUUUUGAGAACGGUAUACUUGGUGAUGGGAAGUAA